CAUGGGACAGCAAAAUGGAGGCGUUCCUGUGAGGACAACUUGUGUUAUGUAGUCGUCUCUUGUUAUUGUUGGUGGAGUGAACUCAUUUUACGACUAAAUCUAUUCCUGCGCCAGUGAACAGCAUGGGGGUGAUGUGGUUGGUGCGGGGAGCAUGUAGCGGCCUCGGGGUUUACUCCAGGACUCACGCCGGGGCUGCAGCUGCAGGACUGCGGCUGCAACGCUUCAGUCACGACGCGGGGAAACAUGGAAACCCCACACAGUUUACGUGCUAUCACCUUCCUCACAGGACCCUGCUUAAGAUCCAGGGACAAGACGCGAGCCCGUUCCUCCAGGGUCUCGUCACCAAUGACAUGGAGCUGCUGGAGGAGCCGGGACAAGCAGCCAUGUAUUCACACAUGCUCAACGUUCAGGGGAGGACGUUAUAUGACAUCCUGUUGUACAGUCUGAAAGAAGCAGGAGGAGCCCCUGGGGUUUUCCUGGAAUGUGACACCACCGUUAAAGACUCCAUUUUAAGACACUUGAAGGUGUACAAGAUACGGAGACAGGUCAAUAUUAGCCCCUGUCCAGACCUCUCUGUGUGGGCAGUGCUAUCCAAAGAAAACCAAAAUCAAGAGGCUGGUAAACCCGCGCUUUCUGCCCCUGAAAAAGCUCUGGUAUGGGACGCUGAUCCUCGAACUCUGCACAUGGGUUGGAGAUUGGUGUUGCACAGUCAAGUUGACCCCCUGGAUGUUGUUGUAUCCUGUCAGAAGGGAGACACGGAGGAAUAUCACAGACAUCGAUAUGCAAUAGGACUUCCUGAGGGAGUGAAGGACCUUCCUCCUGGAGUGGCACUACCGCUAGAAUCAAACCUCGUCUACAUGCAGGGGAUCAGCUUUAGCAAGGGCUGUUACAUCGGCCAGGAGCUCACGGCCAGAACUCAUCAUACUGGUGUGAUUCGGAAGCGCCUCAUGCCAGUGAGAUUGUCAUCUCCACUCCAAGACCUCAAGGAAGGAGCAGAACUGCAGACAGAGUCGGGGAAGCCAGCUGGAAGGCACCGAGUAGGGGUUGGGGAACUGGGUCUAAGCCUGAUCCGCACGGCUCACGCCAAAGAGGUGUUGAUGGUCAAAUCUUCCAAAGACACCACUGUGACACUUGAGGCCUCCGUGCCAGACUGGUGGCCUACAGAUGUGAAAGUCAGCUAGAGAGGAUGUGUUGCAGCUCCUUGAAAUGUGACAUGUAUAACAACUGACAGUUUUCUCAUUGACAGAACCUUGAAGUAGUAUGUUACACUGUCAUGCUAAACAGUUUCGUCUGAACCAAAACCAGUUUGAGAGAUUUUCUGAUUUUAUAAAGUAUUAUUUAUCACAAAGUUAUGGUGUUUCAGAAUUGUAUAAUAAAGGAUAUAGUAU